AUGUCACAGCCACCGCCCUCCGGCGACGGCUCCGGUGACAUCAGUUCCGAACUCGAGUCGUUCCGGCAACAAUGGAGAGCCGAGGUCGAGGCCAAAGUCGCUCCAUCCGGAGCUGCAGCCACUGGGAGCAGCAGUGCGGCGUCUACCUCGUUGAAAAACAAGGCGGUGACGAAGACGGCCACAGCACCAGAUUCUGAGUCUCCAGCAACAGCACCACACCACCACCGGCCGCCCCAGGCUCCGCAGCGGCCAGCCGGGCCGCGGCGGCGUGGGAGCAGCGCGGGUGGACCGCAGACACCACUAAAGCUACUAUCAUCCGGAAAAAAGCCGAUCGCGCAGGAAACCGACGACGAAUAUGCACCGCCGCGAGCAUUCGACGAUGUGACCCACGAGCCCCGGACAGUACAAGGUGCGAGUGUGUCGUCGGCAGCCGCACCGGCUUUGGAUGAAGGCAGCAGCUCGGUUCACAAACUGGUUUCGCCUUCAGCCCACCAGGAACAGAAACCAAAGGCCAAGAAAGAGCCCGAGUCGGCACUGGAGCACUACGAAAGAGCGGUCGAAAAGGAAGCUCUGGGCAGUCUCGGCGACAGCCUGCGGCACUACCGUACAGCUUUCCGCAUGGACAGCAAUGUGGACAAGGCAUACAAGAAAAAGCACUACCCCGCGCCGCCCCCGGCGGCCGCGGGGUCGUCUUCGUCACGAGACGGAAAGCAGCCAGAAGGUGCUGGCGGCGGUGCAGCUUCCACGGCCCCGGCGAAACCUGUCCGCCAGGAACCACCACCAACCCUCAAGGAACUCAUCUCCUCGUUUGCCGGGCUUACCAUCGAAGGCGCACCACCGCCAAUCGAGGGAAUGCCCGCGCCACCGUGCCCCUUGGCAGAGCUUCCUGACGAGUUGCUAGUGCACAUCCUACGGGAUGUAGCCCUGGACGAUGUCGGCGAUUUUGUGCGGCUGGCACAAGUCUGCCGCAAGUUGGCGUUCCUCGUGGCGACAGAGGACCGCAUCUGGCGGCGCGUGUGCGUGGGCCCCGAGUUUGGCUUUGCCGAUAUGUACCGCGCGUGGGAACGGACAAUCGCAUGGGGCCCGCUUGAGGACGACAACAAAGACGACGAGUUUGCUGUCGGCGAUGGCAUGGUGGUGUCUGCCGAGGCCGCCCAAGACGAGCGGCGGCGGCAGCGACAGGCCAGCAGCCUGGCAACGACUAUGAAGCUGCGGAAGGGCAUCAAGGUGCCCGGUACGGACGGCGCGCAGGUCACCUCGAUCCCUCCGGCAUAUCCGUCGUGGCAGCGCAUGUUCCGACUGCGGCCGCGCAUCCGGUUCAACGGUUGCUACAUCAGCACAGUCAACUACAUCCGGCCUGGCCAGCCGACGGCGAGCCUGGUGGUAUGGGGCAACCCGGUGCACAUUGUGACGUACUUCCGGUACCUCCGGUUCUUCCGCGACGGCACGGUGAUCAGCCUUUUGACGACGUCGGAGCCGCCGGAUGUGAUCCACCACCUGACCAAAGACCUUUUGACGCUGCACCAGGGCGGGGCCAUGGCGCACCUGCCGUCGAUUGUGAUGCAAAACGCGCUGAGAGGGCGCUGGCGGAUGUCGGGAAUUGCCGAUGAGGAGGACGGGGAGGGCGGUGCCGGCAGCUCGGAGGACGAGCUGCGCAGCCGUGAUGAGGUAGUGGAAGGCGAUGCACGGGUGCCAAAGAAGAACGGCGUUUCAGCAGACGCUACCGAGAGCACGCUCGUUUCCCCUUUUUCGUCGCUGGCGGCGGCCUCGGAUGCGGAGAGCGACGUGGUGGUGGAGACGGAAGGCGUGGGCAAGUACUACUACCGGAUGGAGUUGGCGUUCCGGUCGGCGGGCAAGGGCACGCGCAACAACAAGCUCAACUGGCGCGGGUUCUACAGCUAUGACCGGUUGACGGACGACUGGGGCGAGUUCGGACUCAAAAACUACCGUCCGUUUUUCUUCAGCCGCGUGCGCAGCUACGGCGUUGGAGAGUAG